AUGAAGGCUAUCGCCGCACUCGCAACGGGCACGCUGCUGGCGUCCCUCGGUCAAGCGCAGGUUGUCCAGUGGGAGAUUGUGAAAAAGCCCACCGGCCGUCCCAGGCUCGUUCGGCGGCAGGAUGGCACGUAUGAGGAGGUCAUCACGAACGAGAAGCUCAGAGGCGGCUACUUUGCCACUUGCCAAGUCGGCACGCCGGGCCAGAAUUUGACUCUACAGCUGGAUACUGGGUCGAGCGACAUCUGGGUGCCCUCGAGCUCCGCAAGAGUCUGCAGACCCAGUUCCAGCAGCGGGGGAUGCUCUUUCGGCUCCUUUGACCAGGACGCGUCCGGCACCUUCUCGGUUAUAGGCUCAGAUGAUUUCGCCAUUUCCUACGUCGACGGCAGUCACGCAAGAGGUGAUUACAUCGCCGAUGUCUUCGAAAUCGGUGGCGCUACGUUGAACAACAUGACGAUGGGUCUCGGUCUCGAGACAGACAUCCCCUACGGUCUUGUCGGCGUCGGGUAUGCGCUGAACGAAGCUAUCGUUUCCAACUCGGGAUCCGCCUCAGUGGUAUACGACAACCUGCCACUGCUAAUGCAGUCGGAGGGCCUCAUUGCCACGAACGCGUACAGCCUCUGGUUGAACGACCUCGACGCCAGCACCGGCAAUAUCCUGUUCGGCGGUAUCGAUACAGAGAAGUACCAGGGCGAUCUCACACGGAUUAACAUCUAUCGCGACGCGAACACAAAUGCGUUCACAGCCUUCAUCGUCGCCUUGACAUCGCUGCAAGCGACCUCGUCCUCGGGCACCGACACCCUGUCCUCUUCGCAGUUUCCCCUCCCCGUCGUCCUCGACUCGGGUACCACUUUCAGCUACCUACCGUCAGACCUGGCGGAGCAGGUCUGGCAGGAGGUAGGCGCUGGGUACAGCAAUGACCUCGGCGUCGCGAUCCUCCCGUGCAGUAUGCAGAACAGUGCCGGCCACUUCUCAUUCGGGUUUGCGGGCGUCGACGGUCCCGUAAUCAACGUGGGGAUGGACGAGCUCGUACUGCCACUCACGGACGGCGAACCAUACCAGUUCCGGUCGGGGCCGUACCGUGGACAGGACGCAUGUCAGUUCGGUAUCCAGAACUUUAGUAGCUCGCCGUACCUGCUCGGCGACACGUUCCUGCGGUCGGCCUACGUCGUUUACGAUCUCAUCAACAACGAGAUCGCGAUCGCGCCCACCGACUUCAACUCGACGACGUCCAAUAUCGUUGCCUUCCCUAGCGAAGGGGCCGAGAUCCCGUCCGCGACGGCAGCACCCAACCAGGCGCUGGUCACCCAGAGUGGCACCGCAUCGACGCCGACAUUCGGCGCCAGCGAUGGCUUCCAAAACAAUAACCCCAACUCCCCGGCAGCGCGACUGGUCGUCCUCCCCAAUGCCCGCAUGUUGGGCUCGCGGCCCAGCAUGCGGUUCCUGAGCGUGGCCUCCCGAGUUCCCGGCGCCCGCACCCCCGCGCCGCUGAUCGCUGCGCCCUUGCGAAUCGACGGGAGGAGGUACUUCAACUUGACCAAACCGAGAUACGCCGCAGUCAGUGCUGCCGCCGACGCGUUGAAGAAAGCGGCUGAGGACGCCGCCAACCUCACGCCCGAAGCCGUCUUUGCCAAUAUGAGCCCGGAGGAGAAGGCGCGCCUGUCGAGAGUGCGCAACAUCGGCAUUGCCGCACACAUCGACAGCGGCAAGACGACGUGUACCGAACGGGUGCUCUUCUAUACCGGACGAAUCAAGGCCAUUCACGAAGUGCGAGGCAAGGAUGGCGCGGGCGCGAAGAUGGACUCGAUGGAUCUCGAGCGAGAGAAGGGCAUCACUAUCCAGUCCGCCGCCACCUUCUGCGACUGGAAAAAGAUGGAGAAUGGCAAGGAAGAGACCUACCACAUCAACUUGAUCGAUACGCCGGGCCACAUCGACUUCACCAUCGAAGUCGAGCGCGCGCUGAGAGUUCUCGACGGUGCCGUCAUGAUCCUGUGCGCCGUCAGCGGCGUCCAGUCCCAGACCAUCACCGUGGAUCGGCAGAUGAAACGCUAUAAUAUUCCGCGCAUAAGUUUCAUCAAUAAGAUGGAUCGCAUGGGCGCGAACCCCUUCAAGGCCGUCGAGCAGAUCAAUAACAAGUUGAAGAUCCCCGCCGCCGCUAUCCAAAUACCCAUCGGCACUGAGGACCAGUUUAAGGGGGUCGUGGAUCUAAUAGAGAUGAGGGCCGUCUACAGCGAAGGCAUCAGGGGCACCACCGUCCGUGUCGGGCCCGUACCCGAGGAUUUGAAAGAGCUCGCGCAACAGAAGCGCCAGGAACUGGUAGAGAAGCUCGCCGACGUCGACGACGAAAUCGCCGAGAUCUUCCUAGAGGAGGGCACGCCAACGAACCAGCAGAUCAAGAACGCCAUCCGCCGAGCCACGGUUGGUUUGAAGUUCACACCCGUUAUGAUGGGUUCUGCGUUAGCGGACAAGUCUAUUCAACCCCUCCUGGACGCCGUGUGCGACUUCUUGCCCAACCCCGGCGACGUCGACAACGUAGCCUUGAAUCGUGAGAAGAACGAGGCCGAAACUCAGCUAAUUCCUUACAACUCCCUUCCGUUUGUCGGGCUGGCCUUCAAACUAGAAGAGAACAAUUACGGCCAGCUCACCUACAUACGAGUCUACCAGGGUUCCUUGAGGAGGGGCGUCUACCUGUUCAACUCGCGAACCGACAAGAAGGUCAGGAUUCCCCGAAUCGUGCGCAUGCACUCCAACGAGAUGGAGGAUGUCACCGAAGUCGGUGCUGGUGAAAUUUGUGCCGUGUUCGGCGUCGAGUGCGCCUCGGGAGAUACUUUCACCGACGGAAACCUGCCCUAUACCAUGUCUUCCAUGUUCGUGCCCGACGCGGUCAUGUCGCUUUCUAUCAAGCCAAAGAAGAGCACCGACGCCGACAACUUCAGCAAGGCCAUGAACCGCUUCCAGCGCGAAGAUCCUACCUUCAGAUUGUUCGUCGACGAAGAGAGCGAAGAGACGAUCAUCUCGGGCAUGGGAGAGCUGCACUUGGAAAUCUACAUCGAGCGGCUGCGGCGAGAGUACAAGGUCGACUGCGUCACGGGCCAACCCCGCGUAGCGUACCGCGAGACCAUCAGCCGGAAGACCGAAUUCGACUUCUUGCUGAAGAGGCAGACCGGCGGGCCGGGCGACUUCGCCCGCGUCGGCGGCUGGAUCGAGCCGAACGACGAGCCGGACAAGAACACCUUCGAGAACCAGGUCGUGGGCGGCUCCAUCCCGGACAAGUUCAUCUCGGCGUGCGGGAAGGGCUUCGAGAUCGCGUGCGAGAAAGGGCCGCUGCUGGGGCACAAGGUGAUCGGGGCGCGCAUGGUGGUCAACGACGGUGCGACGCACGUGACGGACUCGUCGGAUUUCGCGUUCAGCUUGGCGGCGCAGAUGGCGUUCCGCAAGUCGUUCCCCGACGCGGGGGGCCAGGUGCUCGAGCCGCUGAUGAAGACGACGAUCACGGCGCCCAACGAGUUCCAGGGCAACAUCCUGAUGCUGAUGAACAAGCGCAACGCGACCAUCAUCGACACCGACAUCGGCAACGAGGACUUCACCCUCAUCGCCGACUGCAGCCUCAACGCCAUGUUCGGCUUCAGCACCCAGCUGCGCGCCGCCACCCAGGGCAAGGGCGAGUUCAGCAUGGAGUUUUCUCACUACGCGGCUGCGCCACCACAUCUACAGAGGGAAUUGGUCGACAAAUACCAGAAGGAGCUGGAGGCCAAACGGACCAAGUAA